ACGUGAUUGCGUUGACGCAUCAGUCUCCGCGAGUCAAUCUGUCACGUAGUUGAAAUAAUCCUCCCCUAAUCCCCCCGGAAGUGAAAUCCACGGUCCCCGGUGACCGACGUCUUUUUGCUCCUCUAACGUGUUCCUGAACUCAUCGCCGUCUUCAUCUUAGCAUCCCUCGCGUGGAUCAUACAGAAAUCUCGUUUUCCAAAAUCGAGAAGAAGUAAAAGCCGUUUCCGACUUGGUUGUAGCAAUUUUAGUGCGCGAGUGGUCUGCUAGUUUGGUGCGGAUCCCCUAAGUGCAUAUAUAUAUAAUCUAUUAGGAGUCUAAGCUGUGAAACAGUAGUCAAAUGGAAGGAUAUCGAGGAAAGUCCGACGAUUCGGUGCAAGAUCUCCCCCCUCCUAAAAUAUCCGUCCUGGAGAAAUACCGCGACCGGUUCGAGAAUCGACGUGACAGUUAUCGAGAGUGGUCUGAGGAAUCGGACGAAGCUCCCCCUCCCCCCAGGAAAUCCGUCCUGGAUAAAUACAAAGAUUGGUCUUUAGAUGAAGAAGAGUACAUUGAAACUCCCAUCCCGGAAAGGAUAAACUCAGAUGCCUACAUAAACGUCAUGCUCCUCAGCCCGAAUGAAAGAGUUUUAAGGGAUGUUGUUCCAAUGUCUCAUUAUCCUGGAACCACUCAACAGAGGAACUCGAUUGGACGCGGCAGAUUAGCAUGUGUGAGUUUCGCAGCAGGGAGAGUGUACCCGCGGAGGAGGCUGAUGAUUUUCGACGAAAAUAACCAUCGAAACGUUCGCAACGACGUUCAAUACUUGUCUUACUACAGUAAAACUAGGAACGAAGCUGCAAAACAACAUCCAAAAAUAAAACUUGACGACGAAGAAAAAGUACGAGAGGAUUUAAUCAUAAAACCUGUCAACCCGCCUCACUCGCAUGUAUCAUUUCAGACUCCACUCACAUCUGAGGAAAAGUUAUUGAUUCCUAAAACACUGGAGACAAAACAGACGUUUGACGAUGGAGCUGUAUUUCAAAAAGAAGAGGAAAUCGACACUUGGCUGACUCACCAACGUAAGAAAAAAUCAAAAAAGAAUGAGGAAAGCAACGAAGAUCAGCAGAACGAGGAAUCAGCAGCUUUGAACGAGGAACUAUCGCUUAAUGCAGAGAAAAACCUAACUGUAACAGAAUCAAGCCCUCAACUAAUCAACGAAGAGGAAACAACUGAGGAAUCAAAUCAAAACAUCACAGAGCAAGAACCAGAGCAACUGAAGGAAAACUUAGAUGAGCCACAAGAACCAGAGCAAUUGAAGGAACACCUAGAUGAGCUACAAGAACCAGAGCAAUUGAAGGAAAACCUAGAUGAGCUUCAAGAACCAGAGCAAUUGCAGACUUAUGAUCAACAACCCACUGAGCAAGGACCGGUCGAAGAAGAUAAGGAACAGGUUGACAAAGAAGCAGAAUUCUUAAACUAUCACGAUGACCCAGUGCAAGAAGAACCAGUUGAACCGAAAGAAAUUGCAAAGGAUGAGAAAGAAAUUGAGGAGAUAACAGACGUACCUUACAACAGCAAUGAUGAUGAAAAUAAAGGCAACCUAGAGGAAAAUAUAGAUGAGCUCAUAACAGGAAAUGAGAAAGGAACUGAACAAGAACAAAAUGAGGAAGACUUACAAAAGGACGUAGAGGUGGACACACAAAGAGAGAAGGAAGCAGAGGAAAACGCGGAGAAUAUAAGACAAAAUAGGUCAGAAGAAACUGAAGAACAGAGAGAGGAGGUAACAAUUGCAGAAAAUGAAUUAGUAACCCCUGCUGAUGAAAUUGCAGAAGAGUCUCUUGGCGAAGCAGCAAUUCAAGGUGAGGAAAUAGAGGCAAGAGCAAGAGUACCUAGCCAGGUUGCAGAUGUUCAUGAAGACGUUGAUAUCAAGUCAAUAGAGGAAGUCACUGAUAUUGGAGAAAAUGAAGGGGACAAAAGGGCGACUGAAGUGAGCGAGGUAAGCGAGAGCAAAGAUUGUAGCACACACGAACGUAAAGACAACGACGGCCUAAAAUCUGAGUCAGAAAUCAGUGAUUUAGAGGAGGAUGCAGGCCCAGUGGCGGAGAAGCUUUCCACAAAAGACACUCUUCAACCCGUAACAGAUGUAAAUUUAGAAGAUAUGUCAUUGGUUGAUGAUGUGUUCGAACCUGCACCAGAUACAGCUGCAGUAAAUAAAGUGCAACACGACUUAACGACAACGGAUGAAGAAUGUGAGGAGGAUAGUACAUGAUCUCGUUUCAUGAAUCGUUACCUCAUAUCCAUGCCUCUUUGUGGCGUCGACUGAGAUGAGUUUUCAUCGCAAACAAAUUGGUUAGCAACAGCAACCAGAAUCUCAACCCUCCUAGAUUUAAUUAGACUCAAGGCACAGAGCAAAUCAUGUACAUAAUUUUAGUUAUUACAGCCCUAUUCAACCGUCCUUAUCAGCUCAAAGGGAUAAAGAGCUUUUCUUCAUUUUCUACACUUUCUACAUCACAGUUGUAAAAAUCAUUCUAUAGAAUAGCUAGUAAAAAAUACCACACCCAGUAUUCCGCAAAAAGGUACAAUCCUUUUCCUGUUUUUACUUAAAUGGUUGCUAUCCCCCAACUGAUUCCUCAAAAAUUCUUAUGAGACACUAUACCAUCCCUUAAAGUUUUAAUGAAGGGAAAUACAUUGAAUAUUGAAAAAUAGCAAACUCUUGCUCUCGCAAAAUAAACAGAUGUAGAAAAAGCAAAAUGUAAUACAGAUCACUUCUAUCUAUCUUCCUACUGUAUGUUAAUUCAUUUGUAGCAUGUUAUUUCUCAGUGUGUAAUGCACCUCUCCUGAGAUUUCAAGAUGUUCCUUCUGUAAAGACGAAACUUUCAAAAUUGCACACUUAUUGAGGUGUGAUAUCUCUAAAUUCUUUUUGAAAAAAUGGUUUCCCAAAAAACAUAUAACAUUUCAGAGUCUGAUCAAUUAAAAUUGCAAUUUUACUAUCACUCCUA